AAUAACUGUCACAUACGACCAUAGACUCAAGAGAACUGGGCAUCCCGUCCGCUCUGCCAUACAUAAACUUGAGAUCGGUGGAUUAGUAGUUGGGUGGGUGACCACCAGCGAAUACCCACUGUUGUAUGUUUUUUUAUCUUUUUAUUUAUUUAUUUUGUCUUGGUGGCGUGGCAGAUUUUGGUUCCUCUACGAGUGCUAAAUAUAGACGCGUGAUGGUUUGAGCUAGGUUACUAGUCUGGGGAAGCAGGUGACACCUAGUGCUACGCCUCGACAGUUCUCAAUAUGACUAGACUUUAUCUAAGCCAAUGCGCCCUUACACGAGUGGAGAUAUCGAUACAGUUACCUGCCUAUUACAAGUUGGAUCACUCCGAGUGGCAAGGCGGAGUAGGGUCGGGAAGGAGCCGAGGCGUCAAAAACAAACGUAUUCCAAUUGUCACUUAUGAUGCUAGGUGUUCCUUCCAGUUGCAUGGGGCGCAGCAUCUGUGUUCUCGGUGACGCGCAAUGGUAGGGAGGAAGGUCGGGAUUGCGCAGACUAGGUAGUGAUAGACGAGGGAGAGGAUAGCAUAGGGCCGAGUUCAUCGUGUAGACUUGAUUGCUUUCAGCGCAGAGCAGACAUUAUAUAUAUACUGAUAUAGUGCAUUCUCAAUUGCUCAGCUACCACACUGUCAAGACUUCACCACACUGCAUACUGCAUGUCGACAAACUUUUCUCAUCUCAAAGAAACUCCACGCAGUCCAAUCCCAGCAGUAAUGGCCGGAGCGGCAUUCCAGGGCCUCGAAUGGGCCGCUACGACCUUUGGCCUCGAGCCAACAUGGACGCUCGAGCCUGACCUUGAAGCUGCUAAGCAGAUAGUCAAGUCGGUGGACCGUAUUGUGUCCAUGCACUUUUUCUGGGGUGAUCAUAUCCACCAGGAUGUGUCCCGCGGGCCUUUUUCCUCGACUAGGAACUGGAUGGAUGCACGCCUAGCGCUCAGCGAACACGACUGCCGCUCAACGCUGACUAAAUAUUCGGACAGAAACGGUAUUGAUACUGAUGACGAGGAUGCCCUAGAUGACGCGCAGCGGACGCUUAACAUUGUCAAUAGGCUUAAGGCCCUUGUGGGCCAAAUAUUCUCCAUUGGUCAUCUGGAAGAUGAGCCCUCUAUGCUAUUUCAUGACGACCUUUCUCAGCACAACAUCCUUGUUGACGACGGCGGCGCUCUUACCGGUGUGCUGGACUGGGAGUGCGUCUCUAUUGGGAUCACUUGA